GGCUUUCCAAGGUCACCGGGAUAUGGACGCUGGAACACCAGGCCGCAGCUCCGGGGGACCGGACCCCGCGCGGGGCAGUCCCCUGCCGUAGACCCGCGCCGAGGCGCACAACGGCCGCGCGGGGGCGCACGGGGCUACGGUCCCCUCGGACCCCAGCCUGGGCGCGCCCGGGGAAGCCGGGUGGGAGGGGCUGCCCCUGGCUCCCCCCCCCCCCGCCCCUGGCUCCCCCCGCCCCUCCCCGCGGGCCCCGCCGCUUCCGCUCGUCCUGGGGCCGCCCCGGGAACCAGGUCGUGUCGCCUGGGCUCUGCGUAGCCGGCCGCCCUUGGUGGGGCCCACAGCGUCUGCACAUGAGGUCACGAGUCGGCGACUGGACUGGGGCCAGAGACGAGAACAGAGGCCCAGAGAGGUUAAAUUAUUGCCCCAAAUCACACAGCCAGUUGGGGCAGAGCUGGGCUUCAGACUCUGGCCUGCUGGCGCCCCCACGGCAGCGCCCUCGGUGCCCCCCCACGCCCCGCCCCCUCCAGAACCUCCUUCUGCUGUGGACCUUCCUGAACUGUGGUUUAGGAGGCGGUGCUCAGGGUCCAGGUGAGUGGACCCCGUGGGGUUCCUGGAGUCGCUGUUCCAGCUCCUGCGGGCGGGGUCUCUCCGUGCGCAGCAGGCGCUGUGUCUGGUUCCCUGGGGAAGAGCCGUGCUGGGGAGACUCCCACGAGUACCGUCUCUGCCGUUUGCCAGACUGUCCCCUAGGGGCCACUCCCUUCCGAGACCUCCAGUGUGCCGUCUACAAUGGUCACCCUGUCCUUGGCAGCCAGAAGACUUACCAGUGGGUGCCCUUCUAUGGUGCUCCCAACCAGUGCGACCUCAACUGCCUGGCCGAGGGCCACGCCUUCUACCACAGCUUCGGCCGCGUCCUGGACGGCACGCCCUGCAGCCCGGGGACGCAGGGGCUCUGCGUGGCUGGCCGCUGCCUCAGCGCCGGCUGUGACGGUUUGCUGGGCUCGGACGCCCGCGAAGACCACUGCGGCCGCUGCGGCGGCGCCAAUGAGUCGUGCCUUCUGGUGCAGCGCGUGUUCCGAGACUCCGGUGCUUUCGCAGGGUACUGGAACGUGACCCUGAUCCCCGAGGGUGCCAGACACAUCCGUGUAGCCCACCGGAGCCGCAACCACCUGGCGCUGAUGGGGGGCGACGGGCGCUACGUGCUCAACGGGAACUGGGCGGUCAGCCCACCCGGGACCUACGAGGCGGCGGGCACCCAUGUGGUCUACACCCGCGAAGCAGGGCCAGAGGAGAUGCUGAGCGCGGCUGGGCCCACCUCCCAAGACCUGCUCCUGCAGGUCCUCCUGCAGGAGCCCAACCCCGGCAUCGAGUUCGAGUUCUGGCUCCCUCGGGAGCGCUACAGCCCCUUCCAGGCCCAGGCACAGGCCUUGGGCUGGUCUCUGCGGCAGCAGCAGCCUCAGGAGGUGGACGGGCAGCCCUCCAAGCUCCCAGCAGCCCCAGCUACCGCUGUCGCACAGAUCCCAACCGCCGCCCCAGACCCCUGCUCACCCUGCCCUGACACCCGAGGUCGCGCCCACCGGCUGCUCCACUAUUGCGGGAGUGACUUCGUGUUCAGGGCCCGAGUGCUGAGCCGCCAGCAUCAGGCCCAGGAGACCCGCUACGAGGUUCAAGUGCGGCUCAUCUACAAGAACCGCUCGCCGCUGCGAGCCCUCGAGUACGUGUGGGCCUUGGGUCGCUGCCCCUGCCCCCGGCUGGACCUCCACCGGGAGUACCUGCUGGCUGCCCAGCGCCUCAUCAGCCCAGACGGCACUCAGGACCGACUGCUGCUGCCCCACACGGGCUAUGCCCGCGCCUGGAGCCCCGCGGAGGACAGCCGUGUGCGCCUGGCCGCCCGCCACUGCCCCAGCUGAGCCCCUCGACAAGGCCCUGCCAUGUGCUGCAAGAAAGACACGCCGGACCAGGAAGCCAGGAGAUAUCUUACACCUUGAAACUGUGUGUCUGCUUUGAUUCCCUUUGCCUCACACUCACGUUCUUAGAGACACUGUCACAAACAAGCAAGGCCCAAAGGAAGACGUUGUAAUACAUGUUUCCCCUCCUGCCCUUGCUACCAGGAAGCUCGCUGCUGGUUAAUGACCUGACGCCCUGUGCUCUCUCUUCUCACGGACACACAUAGACUGCGUAUAGUCAAAGACGCUCUAACAAACAGGCCCAUCCCCAGAGGACAUGCCUGACGAAACUAUAAUGUCCCCACUUCCCGCUUUCCUGGCUACCAGCAAGGCCAGAGAUAAUCUUGAGGGCCUUAGUAGUUCUGGCUGGGUUUCUUUCUCUCCUUCCCUCUUUCUCUCUUAAAGCUUUUAUUUUAUUUUUUAA